GUUGAGACCAUAGACCAGGUGUGGAGUACCUAUAAGAGCGUCGAAGUCCCAGCACGCCAUCCUCCCCUUUCCUUUCUUUCCCUAUCGUCCGCCCCAAGUCCACCUCCCUCCAUGGAUCCGCCGCCCGCUCAACCCCCGCCUGCUCCGCCCCUUUCCACUGCCACCACUAGUGCCGCCACCACGACCGCCGCCACCGCCUCCGCCUUGCCCUCUCACCUCCCUACCAAUAAUUCCGCCGCAACCUAUCCCGAGUCCAUCGACUCCUCUCCACGCUCCCGCAACACAGAUUCUUACUUCGAUGACCCGCCUCCACUCGCCUCAAAGCUCCGCCUUAUGUGUUCCUACGGUGGCCACAUCGUGCCUCGACCGCACGACAAGUCUUUAUGCUACGUCGGCGGCGAUACCCGCAUCGUUGUUGUGGACCGCCACACUAAUCUAUCUUCUCUCUCAUCUCGACUUUCGAAUACCCUGCUCAACGGCCGUCCUUUCACUCUCAAGUAUCAGCUUCCCAGUGAGGACUUGGAUUCCCUUAUUUCGGUGACUACCGAUGAGGAUUUGGAAAACAUGAUUGAUGAGUAUGAUCGGACUAAUAAUAACGCUGCCAAUUCUUCUAAACCAUCGAGGCUGCGUUUGUUUCUAUUCCCGUUGAAGCCGGAAUCCUCGCAGUCUAUUGGGCCGAUUUUGGAAAAUAGUGCCAAGUCCGAAGACUGGUUUUUCAAUGCGUUGAAUGGGGCUACUGGGUUGUUGAAUAGAGGAUUUUCUGAUUCAGCUUCGGUCAAUUGCUUGCUGGGACUCGAUGAUGAUGGCCUAAAUGGGAAUAACAAUCUUGAUGUGGUUGGUGGUGGUGGUGGUGGUGUUAGAGAUGUGGAGGGGUCGCAGAAGAAUGCGAAGCAAGGUCAGGAUGUCCAUUCUGUGCCGGAUUCUCCGAUGUUGGAGACUACGUCAUCAUUUGGGUCUACUUCUUCUUCGCCUUCACUUGCGAAUCUGCCUCCAAUAAGAGUCCAUGUUGAGGAUGGUGGAGGUGGAGGGGUUAGAGGGAUGCAGGAUCAGAAGGUGGUUGGUAUUGAGGAGCAGUUUGCUCAGAUAACUGUUGGUGGUGGUAGUGGAGUUGUUGGUCAGAAGCAAGAUGAGGGUUUUAUGGUUCUGUCAUCGCCGCCGCCAAUGCCGGUUUCUAUUACUGUUUCGGGUGUGCCCGUAGGCUCUCCGGUGGUGGUUGGUGAGUAUCAAAAUCGGGUUAUUUCCGACGAUGAGAGAUCGGACCAUGGGGUUCCAGUUGGUUAUAGAAAGCCGCCGCCACCUCAAACACAGCCACAGGCACUGGCACCUCAGACACAACAGAAGUCAAGUGGUGGUGGUAGCGGCGGAGCUUUUGAUUUACCUUCUCCAGAUUCAGUUUCGAGUGAUAGUAGCCUCAGCAGUGCUGUAAAUCGACAAAAACCCAUGAUUUAUCAAGAUCAGGUUAUGCAAAUCCAAUCUGGAAUCAGCAGGGUUCCUGCUAAUCCUGUUGAUCCGAAGCUCAAUAUCUCUGAUCCAAAUCCUCGGAUUCAGAUGCAACAUCAGGUUCAGGAUUCUGGAUAUGUAUUGCAACCCCAAUUUGAACAGCAGCAACAACAACCCCAACAAUUCAUACAUGCGGGGGCUCAUUACCUUCAACAUCACCCCACAGGGGGGAUGCCUAUCUCAGCAUAUUACCCUGUAUACACUCCCCAGCAGCAACACCAGUACCCAGUGUACUAUAUACCAGCAAGGCAAACCCAGGCUUAUAAUAUGCCCUUGCAACAAUCUAAUAUCAAUGAACCCUCACCUACUGUUCCUUCUAACAGGCCCCAAACGCCUCCCAAUCCCACCAUGGGGCCUGCUCCGGCAACUUAUAAUCCCAUGAGAAAUGCUCCUGUUGCUAAACCUGAAAUGGCCAAUGCGGGCAUGUAUAGAACAGCAGCUAGUGGUGCGCCACAAUUAGUUCAAGUCCCUUCUAGCCAGCAUCAACAGCAGUAUGUUGGCUACUCUCAGUCUGUUGCUCCUACUUCCUCUGGUCCUGCUAAUUAUGCUUAUGAGUUUGCAGACCCUGCUCAUGCCCAGAUAUACUAUACUCAGCCUCUUGCACCCUCUAUGUCUUCUCAUUACCAAACUAUGACUGCAGCUGCUGCUGUAGUGUUGCCAGAAACUUCUGCUCAGCUUCCCACUGACAACAUCAAGCAGCAGAUAAGAACUUCACAGCCAAUUUAAGCCCAUCAACAAAGGAGAUGAAGAAACAAUUUUGAAAGAAUGGUGUGGUUUAUAUAUUCAAAUUUUCUUUUUAGCAUCUGUGUUUCUAUUGGUAUUGGUUUGUGGCUUUGCAUUUGUGGUAGAUAAUAAGAAACUCUGCUUAUCUUUGUCACUUCUUGUAUGUCAUAUUGUUAAUGUCAUAGGAAAUGAAAACAGUCUGGGAGUAUACUGUAAAAGGUCAAACUUCAUAAUUGUGUGCUGUGCAGUUCAUAUUAUCAGUUACUGAAUAAAUGUUUUGAAAAGUGGUAAGAGCUUUAAUUAAA